GAAAAUCUAUGGGAGUGUGAGAGCAGUGCGCAGUAGCAUCCAUUGCCACUUUUAUAGUAAGGCACCGACCAUGACGCGCCGGAGCGCCUUUACGCAAGCAGGAUGUCCACAGUUUGCGAAUAAUCACACAAACCAGCAAUAUUUCGGAGAGAAAAUAACUAUGUUUUAGUGCCUCCUUUUGUCAUAUUUUGGAUACAAACAGGCCAACAAAGUGGAAGUGGAUUGAGAGAACAGAGGACACGUUCUUCACAAAAGCAGCGAUGGAGGAGCAGCGGGAUCUGAACAGCACAGACAGCAGUGAGGGAGAGAGCGUCUCCCCGUCUCCCAGCCUGCCUUCGCCGCCCAUACUGCCUCUGCAGGUCGCCCAGCAGGCCCACAGAACCACCAACUUUUUCAUCGACAACAUUUUACGGCCCGACUUUGGCUGCAAGAAGGAGCACGGCCGGGGCCCUCGGGAGAGGGCGCAGACCUCAGGCCGGGAACGCGUACACCCGGCGGUAAGCAGGCCGAGCCUUCCCGGGACUCCGUGCCAGGACUCAAAUUGCAGCAGUGACAGCACUUCGUCCUCCGCCUCUUCCGCCUCUUUGGCCAGUCCCAAAAAGAGUAACGGCAGCUGUGGAGGAACCGCAGCCGCCCCCACCGAGAGCAGCGGCGUGAAAGCCGAGGAGAGAACUGGCGGCGGGGCCGGGGAGAACACGUCCUCCUCGCUGGUGGUGCUGAACGGAACCGGGGCGUCCACACCGGAGAGCCAGCCCUUGCUCUGGCCUGCCUGGGUCUACUGCACCCGGUACUCGGACAGGCCCUCAUCUGGCCCAAGGACACGGAAACUGAAAAAGUCAAAAAGCGGCAAAGAGGACAAGCGGCCGCGCACGGCCUUCACGGCCGAGCAGCUGCAGAGACUGAAGACGGAGUUCCAGGUGAACCGCUACAUCACGGAGCAGCGGCGGCAGGCUCUGGCCCAGGAGCUGAGCCUCAACGAGUCCCAGAUCAAAAUCUGGUUUCAGAACAAGCGGGCAAAGAUCAAAAAGGCCAGCGGCUUCAAGAACGGGCUGGCGCUGCAGCUGAUGGCGCAGGGACUGUACAACCAUUCCACCACCACCAUCCAGGAGGACAAGGAGGAGGACAGCGACUGAGGAGCCCGGCCCGGCCGCACGGUGAGGGGGCAGGCCUGUGUGCUUCCCCCGCUCUCCUCACACUCUGUACAAUGUAAAUAAAUGCUAUAUAUCUAAUUUAAUGACGAGGACGGGGACGGAGAGCUGAGCAGAUCUCGCGCGUUUUGUCAGAAGUUCUCCUCUUCUUCAUCUCCGUUUCCUCCUCCUCAAAAGUGACUAUACAGCAGAACAGACUGCGGACUCUUCAGACUGACCUGCCACCGCAAAACCAAAGAGAUUUUAUCGGAAAACAGAGCCUGGACACUUCGAGAAACAAUAAAAAAGAAGCAUGUUGCUGUGGUUGUGGACGGUGCUGCUGCUGGAUCACACAGCGGACCUCCAGCCACACACACCAUCCGAACACCGAGACCAGCCGUGGGCUUCAUUACACGUUUGUUUUGUUGCUUUUCAGGACCAGCUUGACCAAGAACUGUAAUAAUCCCACAGUACACUUUACAGAGAUGUCACACAUUUGAAGUAUCGAAAAGAAAAAAAUACCAGGCAGGGGCUACACAUACUUUAAAAUCACGCGUGAGCACGAGAAACAGUUUAUUAAAGGGAUAUUAGAGAAAUACUAUAAAGUCGGGGUCUUAGAAUUGUGAACACUGAGGUUAUUGUACCUUUUUUGAAUUGGGAAUUUUAACAAUUUAGAGGGAGUUUAUGCUCUAAAAUGUGAUGCUGAUUCCAUUUUAGACGCAAGCUAUUUCAAUUUGACAAUUGCCAGGCCAAAUUAAAUAUUGCAUGAAUAAAUGAUUCAGUAUUGUCCCAGAAUCUUGAAAAACUAAAGAUUUCGACCACAGAGAACAUUAAUAAAUAAUGAACGGGGCAAAUACAAUUUGAAAAAUCCAAAUUUUAGGGGACAAAUGAUAUCAUGACAUUAGUAUCUCUAUAAUCCUGCGUACAGUCUGACUUUAUUUAGUCUAAAGUAUUGCUGUAAAACUAAAAAAUACAAAAUACAAAAGAUUGUCGAAAUCCAUAAAAAAUAGCAGAAACUAUCAUAUUCCUACAAAUUCCUGAAAUGUGAUUUUAUGUGACUCUUUAUCUAAUUAGCAUUCUCUCCUCAUGCUGCUGUAUAAUAUCCCUCUGGAUCUACAGGAUUACUGUUCACACAGGGGGGAUAUAUACAGAAGGCGUAUACUUAUACACACCAAAUCACAAAUGGAGUAUUGUGCCCCUCUGUGUACAUUUCCUGGUAUUGCCUUUAUGUUGACAGGUAAAGCUGCAGAGGCCUGCUGGUCUGCAGACAUCUGAAACACAGUAUGUUAGAAGAGCAGGCGGAUGUAUUUAAACCAUGUUUCCAAAUAAACACUUUUAUAUUGGGAAAAAGACAAAACAAA